AUGCGGAUGGCCAUGUCGAAAGAACUAAGAAAUCUCGGAAGACUAAACAUCACUACCACGCAGGACUGCUCUGCUGACCGGAGUAUUUCGACAGUUUAA